AUGGAGAGGGAAGCGCCCAGCGUCAGACCGAAGCCCUCACCCCCUCCAUCGCCCACUAGCACCUUGCCAGAAGUCAACUUUCUGGACCUCAAUGGCAGCGACAGCAAGUCCAGUGAGGCCUCCUUUUCUGGCCCCGACGAUGAAGCAAGCUUGACAGCGGACGAUGCAGAAUGGCAGUGGCACGAACCAGCCUCAGAAGUAGACCCAAAAGAUGCAGCGACGCCUGACAGGUGGGUCAAGAGGAACCGGCACUUAAUCAGACUAACGGGCAGGCAUCCGCUCAACUGCGAGCCGCCGAUGCCGAUGCUGAUGGAGAAGGGCUUCAUAACUCCAGUCUCACUGCACUACGUGCGCAACCACGGGGCGGUGCCGAAGCUCGACUGGGACUCGCACCGAGUGCAUGUGACUGGCAUGGUCGACAACCCCAUGUCAUUCAGCGUCUCCGAGCUCAUCUCCCUGCUGCCCAGCUACACCAUCCCAGUCACCCUUGUCUGCGCCGGCAACCGGAGGAAGGAGCAGAACAUAGUUAAGAAGAGCGUGGGCUUCAACUGGGGCCCCACAGCCGUGAGCACGACCUACUGGACGGGCGUGCGGCUGUGCGAUCUGCUGAAGCACUGCGGCGCAAAGACCCCGAUGGAAGGGGCGCGCUACGUGCACUUCCGGGGGGUCCAGAAGGAGCUGCCGCAGGGCGCGGAUGGGUCAUACGGCACGAGUCUGUCUUACGCGACUGCGUGCGACCCGGCGUGCGAUGUGAUGCUGGCAUACAAGCAGAACGGGCGCACUCUGGCGCCCGACCACGGCUUCCCCAUCCGCAUGAUCAUCCCCGGCCACAUUGGCGGGCGGAUGGUGAAGUGGCUGGAGGAGAUCAGCGUUGCGCCGGAGGAGUCCCAAAACUUUUACCACUUCCAUGAUAAUCGCGUGCUGCCGCCCGGCGUCGACCAGGAAAAGGCCAAGGCUGAGGGCUGGUGGUACCGCCCGGAGUUCAUCAUCAACGAGCUCAACAUAAACGCAGCCAUCAGCUCUCCCAGUCAUGAUGACAUCGUGCCGCUGACCAUGCAGCCCUACACCGUGCGCGGCUAUGCAUACUCAGGCGGCGGCAGGAAGGUGAUCCGGUGCGAGCUGUCACUUGACGGCGGCGAGACGUGGCGCCUUGCGGAUAUACAGCGGCACGAGAAGGCCACACCGUACAACAAGUACUGGUGCUGGGUCUUCUGGAGCGUGGAAGUGCCAGCGGUGGACCUGCUUCGAUCCACAGAGAUCCGCGUCCGCGCCGUCGACUCUUCCAACAACCUCAUGCCCGAAAAGCUAACCUGGAACCUGAUGGGCAUGAUGAACAAUCCGCACUACCGCGUGAAAGUGCACGUCGACACAACCAGCAGCGGACAGAUGGCCAUGCGCUUCGAGCACCCCACCAAAUCCGGCAGCGAGGCCGGCGGGUGGAUGGAGCGGGAGAUGGGGCACCACGUCGCGCAGAGCCUGCCGACCGAGUCAGACACGGGUCUUUCCGCCAAGAAGCUAAUGGACGAGGGGGCGCUGCCUGCGUACACCCUCGAACAGGUGGAGGAGCAUGACACAAGGGAGAGCUCCUGGUUUGUGUACGAGGGCAAGGUGUACGACGCCACCAAAUUCCUCAAUGACCACCCCGGCGGCCCAGAGUCCAUCCUCAUCGUGGCAGGCCAGGAUGCGUCGGACGAGUUCAAUGCGAUCCAUUCGCAGAAGGCCAAGAAGAUGUUGGCGGACUAUCUUAUUGGCCGUGUCGGCGAUGCACCCGCCAAGGAGGCCAAGCUGCCGCUCAUCAAGGAACUCGAGAAGGCGGGCACGGCGGACCUGACGAAUCUGGUGGCGCUGAACCCGAAAAAGAAGAUCCCAUUCGAGCUGGUGGAGAAGAUCGAGCUGAGCCACAACACUCGCCUGUUCCGCUUCGCACUGCAGUCGCCGCGUCAUCGCCUCGGGCUGCCCAUCGGCCAGCACAUGUUUUUCUACGCCAAGGAGAAGGGCGAGCUGGUCAUGCGCGCGUACACGCCAACAUCCUCAGACGAUGACCUGGGCCACUUUGACCUGGUGGUCAAGGUCUACUUCAGCGCCCAGCACAAGGACUUCCCAGAGGGCGGGCGCAUGUCGCAGUAUUUGGAGCGCAUGAAGCUGGGGGACAGCAUCGAGGUCAAGGGGCCUCUGGGGCACUUUGUGUACGAGGGAAAAGGAGGCUUUCGGAAUAGCGGCAAGACUGGCAGCGUGCGCAGCAUGAGCAUGAUCGCUGGCGGCACCGGCAUCACUCCCAUGUUCCAGAUCAUCAAGGCGAUCCUGAAAGACAAGGAGGACAAGACGCGGGUGCGUCUGAUCUUUGCGAAUCAGUCGGAGGGCGACAUUCUGCUGCGGCCCGAGCUGGACGCAUUCACAAAGGACGAGCGGUUAGAGAUCCACUACGUGCUGUCGCGGCCGGCCAACCCGGCUUCCUGGACAUGCGGCAGCACCGGCAGGGUGUGCGAGGAGAUGCUGCGGAGGCACCUUUUCCCUCCCGGCCCCGACAGCCUCGCGCUCAUGUGCGGCCCACCCGGCAUGCAGGAUGCAAGCAUG